AUGACCAACUCUCUGCUGGGCUGGGGCUCUCUGCUUCUCACCCACUGCGGCUCUGGCUUCGGGGUGUCCGCUCCACCCACUCUCAACAUCAGCCUGGACCAGGAGCCAGAGGAGCGCUGGAAGCCCCUGAGCCUUUACUUCGACCCCGCGUAUCUCAAGAACGCAUCGGAUGAAGUUAUUGAGAAAGUGCUGAGUGGAUGUCAGCUCCUGCAGGACUGA